AUGUGCACCAUCCAUCCAUGUUCCUACUUCACUCACCACAAACACAUCAAUCCACCAUUUCCCCACUCCUUCCCCUUCCCCCAUCUUUCCCCCAUCCUUCCCCACUCCUUCCCCCAUCUUUCCCCGUUGGCCCGAGCCACAUUUACUCUCUCCGCGCUCUGCAACCUCCACCCACUCACAGCAGCAGAUAAAAGGAGUGUUUUGAGACAGCACACACCUCAGGCUGGUAACGAUGAUGAGUGCGGCACGGGCCUCAAGCUGGUCUCGGUCGAGAGUGCCAAGAGCCAGGUGGUCGCCGGCGUCAACUGGAGCAUCACUCUGAAAGCCGCCGUUGCCCCUGUAGCUCGCCCCUUGGGACGCCACCGCCGCGCAUCCCCACCCGUGACCAGCACCUAUGUGGCGGAGGUUUUUCAGAGCCUGACGCCGGUGGUAGGAGAGCCAACGGUUGCAGCACAGCGGGGGGACGCGGCUCAACCUAUGGGUAAUGGGCAGCCGGCGGUGGGCGGACAGCCGUCAGGUGCGGCGCAGCCGGUGUUGGCAGAUUAUCUCGUGCUGGUCUCCUUUGUGAAGAAGAAAUGA